UCGGGUGCGCGCGCAGCCGCAGUUCAUGAGGGAAAAUGUAUCGUCUCAGCCAGAAGUCUAUCUCCCAGCUCGCUCUCGAUUCCUUUUUAUCUACGGCGCCGCGGGAAUAUUUUCAUUUUACGAGGCAAUACAGUAAAAAUUGGUCGUGUAUUGGCUGAUUUUGGAUCAAAGUUUUUUGGGGGUUUUUCUUUUACCUUGAACUGCACGAAUAAUGCCACGGGCCAAGAAAAAGCACAGCCGCGGGGGGCAGCAUGGAAAUGUGCAGCCUUUCAGCGAUGAGGACGCCUCCAUUGAGACCCUCAGUCAUUGCAGUAGCUUCAGUGACACCGCCAGUGUAGCGGACGACGGUGGAGAGGCCAGUGAGGACACGGCCCAGGAGGAUUUUCAGUACAAGCUGAAGGGGUUCAUUGACAGCACUGUGGAUAAGAGUGCCAAGACCCGACAGGGGGCGCUGGAUGGGCUCAAGACUGCAAUGGCCACACGGAUCCUGUAUGAGUUCAUCUCGGAGAGGAGGAUGACCAUCACAGACAGCAUAGAACGCUGCCUCAAGAAAGGCAAAGGAGAGGAGCAGAGAGCAGCGGCGUCUCUGGCCUGCCUGCUGUGUAUCCAGCUGGGCUCGGGCAUCGAGAGCGAGGAGGUGCUCAAAACCCUUAAACCAGUCUUCAAAAACAUCCUGGCAGAUGGAUCGGCCAGCAUACAAGCCAGACAGGCUGUGGCGACAAGUCUGGGGCUCUGUACUUUAGUUGCAGAAGAUGACAUUUUGGAUGUGCAUGCCACCAUGGAGUGCUUUGAGAACCUGUUCACACGGUCCUGCGCUAGGGGGGAUGGCACCUGUCCUUCGGUCAGUCCCCAGACGAGCCAGCUGUACACCAACGCCCUGCUAUCUUGGGCACUGCUGCUCACCAUCUGCACUGCCAGCCAGAUCAAAGACAUCCUGCGCAAGUACCUGCCCAAACUGCCAAGGUUGCUGGAGAGCGAGGAUGUCAACAUGAGAAUUGCUGCAGGGGAGACCAUUGCCCUGCUCUUUGAGCUGGCCAGAGACAUGGACACUGACUUUGAGUUUGACGGCUGGGAUGAACUGUGUGAUAAACUGAACGCGUUGGCCACAGACUGCAACAAGCACCGGGCCAAGACGGACAAGAGGAAGCAGCGCUCUGUGUUCAGGGACGUGCUCAAGGGCGUAGAGGAGGGUGACUUCCAGUCUGAGACUAUUCGCUUUGGGACAGAGCGCAUGACCAUUGACAGCUGGGUCAGGAAGAGGACAUAUGAUGCUUUCAGAGAGUUUGUGGGCUCUGGGAUGAACUACCACUUACAGGCGAAUGAAUUCAUCAGAGAUGUGUUUGAACUGGGACCACCUAUGCUGGUUGAUUCAGCCACAAUGAAGGCCAUGAAAAUACCUCGCUUUGAAAGGCAUCUCCACAACUCUGCCGCAUUCAAGGCUCGGACCAAGGCCAGAAGCAAGUUCAGGGACAAGAGGGUGGAUGUAGGAGAGUUUUAAAUUCUUUUCUUUUUCCCCCCUCCCCCUUUUUGAUUCUAGUAACCCAUUUAUCAGGCUUCUCUGCUUUUCAGAUGAAUUAUCACAACUUUUUCGUUCUUAUGUUCCUCCCCUGAAAUCUAUCUUUGGAGUCUCACCUUCUGUCGACUGAAGAGUUGGCUUUAUCAGACACUCUGCUCUGUAACAGACACAACAUUGUGAUUUUGUUUUUUUAUACAGUAGCUACGUUUCAAAUCAACAGGUGAGUCGUAGAUUUUAGAUGGAGUAUAACCUUAAUAUAUUCACCCUUUAACAGCGGUGUUGUACAUAUAGUGUAUAUUUGUUUUCUCAUGUUAAUAGUAAUUAUGUGGCCUUUUUUUUUUUCUUUUUAACAUAAUAAGUUAUAUAAUUUUGCUAGCGUUCGUCUCGCACAAUGCAUUUCCAUUUAGUUAAUCGUAAAGUCAAGACUCAUGUUGUGACUGUCCUAACCCCAUUUGAUAAAGUUGCGAUACCUAGUCGACUUGGUGCAUAUUGUGUUGUAUUUUUAGUAUUGGGUAUGUAAUUCAAACACGAGGGUGGUGGAAUAAACAUUGACAAGCUGUAA